ACGCGUACGUACAAGGAACCAGGAAGUGAGUAGGGAGGCGGAGUGGGAAGAGCGACGCUCUUCUCCGUCAAAACGCGUUGUUUUGGCUUUAUUUCUCGCUCAAAACGGACAUGUCACGUAAAGCCAAAGAAGAAUUUUACCGAUUCUUCAGCGUGACAGACGUACGCACGCACGACAAAGGACACACGGAAUAUAAAGUAACAGCAAGGUUCGUGUCCAAGCGUUGCCCGGAGGAUGUGAAGGAGGUGGUGGUGUGGAAAAGGUACUCUGAGCUGAAGAAGCUACACGGCGAGCUGGCCUACACGCACAAGAACCUGUUCCGAAAAGAGGAGGAAUUCCCCCCGUUUCCCCCGGCGCAAGUCUUCGGGAGGUUCGACGAGGCCGUGAUAGAGCAGAGGAGGAAGGCGACGGAAACCAUGCUGGUUUUUGCAGCUAGCAUACCUGCGCUUUACAACAGCCCACAGCUCAAUGAGUUUUUCAGGGGCGGAGACGUGACGAGGCCUCUGGAUCCGUCUGAUGAUACUUCGAGUGGAGCCCUGCCUCCGCCUCUCAUCCCUCUCCCCGAGCGGAGAGAUUCAGAUUGCGAGCCUGCUGAGGAGGAGGUGGGUCGGGAGGCGCCCAUUUUGCCCCAGGACCUGGGCAACAACUUGAGGAUUGACAUGGGAGAGCCCGAGGUGGCGGUUGAGGCUUUCGGCGAGAUCGGGGAAGAGGGUUCCCAAGACGGGCUGGACGAUGGCGUCACGUCUCUGGUCAGAACGGACACGCCGCAAGAAUCUGAAGAGGAAGCCAAGUCACUCGACGCGGCAACGGAAAGGUGCUCCCUGUCGCCAAAUGAAAAUUCACGCCUCCCACUGUCCGACGACGACCUGGCCGUCUUUGAUCCUUGUUUCAAACGAGUUCUAGGCGAAUCUCACGGCGACCGUAUGGACUUGUCGUCGCUGGCAGCGAGCGGUCCGGAAACCGAGGCGGCGUAUCUGAACCGAGCGGCCGCCGAGCUGACGUCCGCCGAGGCCAGUGAGACGGCGGGUGAUGUCGGUACUGCCAUUUGCAAAUAUAGGACGGUGGUGGACAUACUCAUUACUGGAGUGAAGGAUGAUCCGGAUGCCGCUCGAAGGGAGUCAGUCAAGCGAAGGAUUGCUCAUUAUCUGGAACAUGCCGAGAAACUGCUGGACGGCCGCGCCUCGACUGCACAUGACCUGUGAAGAAGAUAUUUUGUCAAGAAUUAAGCAUUGAACAAUAAAAUAAUCUCAAUCCCCAGGACUAACCUUUGAAAAAAAAAGCGUAAGCCACACCAAAUGUUAAUAUUGUGGUUUAUGUGACCAAAAAUUUGCUGUCCAUGUAUAUGGACGCUAAUUUUAUUUAACCAAAAUAGACACUUGCCCUCGAAAGGGUUUACUUAAAGGAAACCUCGGACUUAAAGACAUAAAAUGUGUCAUAUGUUUUAAAAUGUGAAAUAUGUCAUGAGAAACAUACAUUAUUGCCAUUGAUUUAACACGCGCAAUGCACGCUGGGGGUGAUGACGUAGACUGGCUGGACUAGGAGAAUAGCUAUGCUAGCUAGCUAGCAAGCAAAGCUAGAAUGAUGACUUGUAUGAUUUUGUCACAUUCUGCUGCUGGUCAGAUUGUUUUGUUACAGAGUUGCGGGAUGUUCCCAACGUUGUACCUGCAUCCAAUUACAGCUCAACAGCAGUGUCUUUAAUCGAUCCUAGGCAGCUUGCCAAGAUUUUGACUUGUUGCCAUUUAACUGUUUGUAUAUCCCUUUGUUGCUAGUUGCAUCAUUGCCUUGUUUUUUUCUGUUUGUCUGCCUUGUUUUUUUUUUAUUGAUCAUGACCCUUUUUUGUGUGUUCAAUAAACCCUUUCACACAAUCCCUAUGUUAUUGUUGUCUGCUUGCUGUCUGAAGAGAGCCGCGUUUUCUAAUUCCGUGGUCAAAAAAGCCAUGAAAUAUCGACAGCGCUGUCCUGCUCAUCACUUUUCCGCUCAGGUUCUAAUUGGAGGGCAGACCCGAUGACAUGUUUAUGUACAGUAGCUAACGAAUGACACUGCGGUAGCCCGGGAACGACGUCACCGCCCAGAGUGCACUGCGUCGUCAACAACAACGGCGACCUACUAGUUAAGCUAAUUUUACAAAUUUUAUUAAAACGAAAACAUUGAGUGUUAAUAUCCAAUUAUUAUAACUCAUACAAACAUUUACA